AUGCUAUGUAUUAUACUUGUUAUUCCAAUACUUGAAGUAGCUAUUGGUGCAUCAUAUCGUGGUCAAUGUCCGAUUAAUCCAAAUAUUCCGAUCUAUCUUAUUGUAACAGGUGCAUGUGGUAUGACUACUAUUUUUCUUGUAUUAGUCAUAAUUGCUGGAUUUAUAUGGUGUGUUCAACGAAAUUCUAUUGCUGCAACAUGUACUGUAAUGUGUCUUAUUUUUCUUAUAGCAUCAUUUAUGAUAUUGAUGAGUUUAUUUUUAUUUGCUUGGUUUAUUGUGGGUAAUGUAUGGAUAUUUGGAGCAAAAAAAAAUGUUCAGUAUGAUUCAUCGAUGGAUAAUUAUUGUCAUCGUACAUUAUAUGAAUUUGCAUUUGCGAUAUUGAUUAUAACCUAUGUUUUGCCAGUUGUUGGCUGUAUUGUUCAAUGCAUUCGUGGUUGUUGUCAAAUUAAAAAUAAUUGA